AUGAGAAGAUUAUGCAUUUUCACUUAUAAAAGUUUGUAUGCAACAACUCAUAGAAUCACAAAUAGUAAAACUGAAUUGGUAACUCAUACCAGUGUACCAACUUCUAUUCUAAAUGAAUAA